AUGGAUACCAAAAUUUUAAGUUAUAAAACGUGGACGUUUGGUUUUGUGGCAGCUAUAAAUCGUAUUUGGUCAACCUUUGUGGCCCUUGGCGUUCUAGAAAAACAUUAUUCAAGUUUUUGUGUGUCUCUGGUUCCGUCUAGUGGAUUCUGCAGAGUCGAUAGAUCCGAUUAUCAACAAGAGAUACAAUCAAUAAGCCAAGCGUAUGAUGCAGAAAAGUAUCUCAAAUUUACAGCACAUACCAAUCACAAAUCUAAGAAACCACGUUUAUUUGAUAUGACUACUACUCAAGAUGGGCUUCAGGAAACAAGCGCUUGGCUUUUUUCAAUACUAUUAAGGUUACAAUAUAUAGUAGACACUAUGCAAGAUAUCGAGAAUUUCAUCGACAGCUAUGAGUAUUUAAUACAGCCAUGGGUUGAACACAAGCCAGCAUAUUAUGAGUUGUCCUCAAAUUUGGCCGAUAUAUGGAAUCAAGAUUCGAUUAAUUGGGUCAACCGGGUCAUGUUCGGAGCUGUCAAGAAGAGUAGGCUAAAGCAAGCAAUAUCAACAAUGUCUGUAUACCAAGGACAAACAACCUACAUCUAG